GCGCGUCUAGAAGGUGGGAGGGGGUCAAAAGCCUCAAGUGGAACAUUCUCACACAGGAAUCUACACAACUUCAGUAUAUUACUGCACGUUAUGGACAAUCCUAAAUGCAGCCCUGUCACUUUAAUCAUGGCAAAGAGAAAACUUCAGAUUUUCUUAACAGGCUAAUUUAAAGGUUAAAACAGGAAUAUGGGGCAUUUACAGUCGAAAAAUGCGUGUAAACGCAGGGAGAGUCCAGAAGGAGGCACUUUGACGACAGGCUCUUCACUCCUGCAGGAAGAGUCGGUUCAUCUCAGCGGCUCAGACAGGAUCCGACACAAGCAGGAUGUAUGUGGUGAAGAGCUAAAGGAUGAUCACUUCUUGGAUCAUGACUGCCCUCUGGAGGUAAUCCUUCCACCAGAGAGAGCAACCGAAUGCCAAAGUUACAAACCGGAAAAGGGAGAUCCCUUGAGGAGGAAUGCAAAAAAUGAUGACAUGGAGUGUAAUGAAAAUCACCAAGAGUGGGUGUUUACUUUGUAUGACUUUGACAACAGUGGCAGAGUAACCAAAGAGGAUAUGUCCAGCCUGAUGCAUACUAUCUAUGAAGUAGUGGAAGCAUCAGUCAAACAGUCUGCACUCUGCAACAGCAAAACUCUGCGUGUCAAAUUGACUGUAACACCCUUAAUACCCAGUUUCAACAGAAAAGAACGAGAUAUCGGGCUUCCACAGAGCAAGCAGGAGCAGCUGGAGGAAAACCACCCCAUUUACAUCAGAGGACAGAGCACAGAUCCUGCUGUUAGUCCUGAGAAAAAACUUUACCGCAUCGAUGAGAACACAGAACGCAGAAACCACUAUUUAGACCUGGCUGGGAUUGAAAACUACACCUCCAGAUUUGAUGCAGAUCACACACUACACUCACCCUAUGAGGAGCAGUUUCAGGGGAGCCUCACACAUGGCACACGCUCUGCCCAAUAUCGAUGGCCUCAGCUUGAUCGUGGCAGUCUGGGGAAGUCUGGUGGUCAGCGCCUCCCAUUUCUCAGGUCUCUGAGGAGCCGCAAAUCAAACAGGCUACAUGGGCAUCACCCAGUCAGCUGGUGCUGUCCUCCUGCUCCCCAGCAGCAGCCUUUGCACUACAGUCACAAUAAACGUGUUCAUGCCAGGCCUUGUGAUGUCACAUCAGCUUUUGUGCCUCAUCCAGGGUUAGACUUGGAGAUUCAGCCUGGAACAGGUGUUUCACCUGGUGGGUUCAUGCCCAUGGCUCAGAGGCAUGAGCACCAUCACCUCCAUGAGCAUCACCAUCACCACCACCAUCACCACCAUUACUAUUCCUCCUGACUGCAGCCUCUGCCUCAGAAAUAGAGGCACAGAAAUUAGAGCAUUUCAGAUGGUGACCCUGAAAAUUGCACACAAUUUUUUAUUAAUUUCUUUCCAGGAUCACAUUUGGAAAGGGACCGGGUUUCUUUGAAAGAAAAACUCAAAUGCUUCAUUUGAGUUUUGGUUUCUUUGAAAGAAAAACUCAAAUGCUUCAUUUGUCUAAAAAACUAUGCAACAAAGGUGCUAGUUGUAGUAAUGCAUCAUUUGCUUUUCGUAAUUAUCUACUACUAAUAAUAAAUGUUUUAAUAGCUUUUUGUAUAAAUUCAAUACAAUUAUUUACAGUGGAUUCUGAUAAACAUAAAUCUUACAUUGCUUGUACAUAAAACUGUGUAGAACUCUGUAUUUGCACAGAAUGUAAUACAUUUUACGUUUAAUACCAAGCCCAGAAGACUGAUAGCAAAUUCUAUUUUCUAUUUCCUAACCACUAUUUUCAUACAACCUAUAUUUCUAAUGUAUGUUGAAAUUG